ACCGAGUUGAACAACAUGAAGUCGGCGAUGGUCCCUCGUGGCUUCCGCCGCUUCUCCAGCCGACGGUCGUCUGGCCGACGGCAAGGCAAUGCGUACGAAGAUGACGGCAUCUCAUUGAACUCGCAGUUUGGCAAGAAGACCUUGAAUCGCAUGAAUGCACACCUCGCCGCUUUCGAAGACAAGCAGCGCGGCGGUCCGCGAGAACCUUCGGCGCGGGAAGUGAAACGGUGGGAGAAGAUCAUGGCCAAGAAGAGCGAGCGUACGUUGACGCCAGAGUACCUCGCGCAGCCCAUCUUCCGACCGAACAGUGCUGCGCUGCUACACUUCGGCGACAAGUCCAUGGUGGAUUACGAAGACAAGGUACCCGUAGGCGUCUUCCCUGGGGCGAUCCAUGUCGUGUCGACGGCGGAAGAGGAGCUGCAGCAUCGUGCGGCACUGGAAAGCAUGCGUGUGGUGGGCAUCGACUGCGAGACCAAGCCGAGUUUGUUUCGGAACUACGCGAGCAGCCCCAUUGCGUUGGUGCAGCUGGCGAGCCACGACACGGCGUUGCUGUACCGCGUACGAUGGAGUGGCGCGUGGAAUCCCAACCUGACGUUUCCCGGGCUACAGCACGUCCUAGCCAACAAGGACACGAUCAAGGUCGGCCACGGAUGUGCGUUCGACUUCAAAUCGCUGCGCGAGUGCCGCGUGGCGUCGCAUGUGGUCAACACAGUCGACACAUUGCCAGUAGCUACCAAGAUCGGAUGUCUGAAGCCCAACCUCCGGGCCCUCGGGAUGAUCUGGCAGCAUCUCCAGAUCUCCAAAGCCAUGCAAACAUCCAACUGGGAGGCGCCGUUGCUCACGAACGACCAGGUCGAGUACGCCGCCACCGACGCGUGGCUGGCUCGCCAAGUCAUGCUGGGGCUGAUGCAAUUUGCCCCAUCGCGGCCAUACUUGACCGCAGUGCAUUACACCGACAGCCGCCAGGGUGACGACAACCUCAUGGGGUCUUCCAACGACGAGAUCGUCGCACAGUUGCUGGAGGUGGCUCAACUCGAGCAACAUCGCUUAUAAAUAUACUUAGUAGAAUCACACGUCUAGAUACUCGACCACAUACUCUUCUUCUUCUUCUUCGCUGUCUUCUUGUUGUUUUAGCGUGAGGGGGGGAGUCAAAUAAGAUGUGGGGAACCAUCCUUGUUGGCCAUUCGACAGGUCCAGCCCCAACGUCCAUCCAUUUUCAUCGUCGGCAGUCACGACGGCGACUCGAUCGCCUCUCUGCACCUUCAGCCCCCCCCCGUCGUCGUCCUCCUUGGAAGACGUCCAUGUCGCUACCACCAUCGGCAGCCACUCGACGUACGUACACGGGAACCAUCCGUCCGCUUCCCCCCUCUCAACGACAAGGCGGCCGCGCCACCAUCCGUCCGGCGGGGCCUCCAGCACCAAAACCAGGUCCUGAUCCGUCAGACGCAGCUCUCCGUCCGUCGUGGGCUCGUACUCUCCCAGUGCCCGCACCACCCCCAGCCCAGUCUCCGCACUUGGUCCGUCCACCCACUCGACGUAUGUGCAGGGGAACCAGCCGUCGCCGCCGCCGCGACUGUCGGUGCCGAGCCACCAUCCACUCUCGUCCAUGUCCUUGACUACCAGUAGGUCGUUCACGGCCAAACUGAGCUCCGUGUCGUCUGCCGCGAUGUAGUCGGCCACUACUCGCACCGUGCGCCAAGGUGGGCAUUCGGGGUUUCGGGGUUUCGGAGUUUCGGGGU